GAACCGCUCAGUUGAGCACUCGGCUGCGAGUAGUGCGCGCGCGGUCUUGGCGCGAAACGCGCGUCUCUUCAAUCGCAAUCACUUACUUCUUUGUGACGUACGAAUGACCAACUGAGUUUCUUAGUUAAAUAAAAAUCAUUGUGUUUUGUUCAAAAUGAAAGUGGACAAAGAAUCGUGCCUUCCGGGCCCUGUGGACACUAAGCCGAUGUUAUCCGACAGGAAAGGGAGUCUUAAGGUGACCAUCACCCCGGCACAACACAGGACCCUCACACACUUGCCCAAGAGACCGCCUGUGGAUUUGGCGUUCACUGAUCUGACAUACAAAGUGCAGGAGGGAAGAAAAAGCAAUGUGAAGACAAUUCUCAAGUCGGUCUCUGGCCGACUCCGGUCAGGCGAGCUGACGGCCAUUAUGGGACCUUCAGGCGCUGGCAAAUCCACACUCCUUAAUAUCCUCACAGGAUACAAGACAUCGGGUAUGGAAGGCAGUAUCACAGUGAAUGGUAUGGAGCGCAACCUCUCAAGUUUCCGUAAGCUGUCCUGCUACAUCAUGCAGGACAACCAGCUCCAUGGUAACCUGACUGUGGAGGAGGCCAUGGCUGUAGCCACUGCUCUGAAGCUGCCCAGUGCCACCACCAGCGCUGAUAAGGAGGAAGUGAUUCACGAAAUCCUGGAAACCCUUGGUCUAUCAGAACACCACAAGACGAUGACCUCGAAUCUCUCUGGAGGUCAGAAAAAACGACUUUCGAUCGCCUUGGAGCUGGUGAACAACCCUCCUAUUAUGUUCUUUGACGAGCCCACUUCUGGUCUGGACAGUUCUUCUUGCUUCCAAUGUAUAUCUCUGCUGAAGACCCUGGCUAGGGGUGGCAGGACCAUCAUCUGCACUAUCCAUCAACCUUCUGCGAGGCUGUUCGAGAUGUUCGAUCAUUUGUACACGUUGGCUGAUGGACAGUGUGUGUACCAGGGAAGCACUGGACGACUUGUUGAAUGGCUCGGCAGUUUGAGCCUGCAGUGUCCGUCGUACCACAACCCGGCUUCAUUCAUCAUUGAAGUGUCCUGCGGCGAGUACGGAGACAAUACUGGCAAGCUGGUGCGAGCUAUUGACAAUGGAAAGAAUGAUAUUAGAAACGGCAUGCCGUUCCCUGAGAGCAAAGUGCCAGACUACAACAAUAAGAAGGCAAUGGAAGAGUCACUGAACACGGAAUGGAACAAGAAUGACCUGUCUCAAGUCCAGGAGAAGUUCAGAGAUGGCAACAAUGCUACCAAUGGAAACGGCAACUUACAGAAUGGAAUCUUGCAGUAUGCUGCUAGCGAAAUUGCUAAAGGUGAACCGCUGGUAGUCCAAAUGGAUUCGGAGAAGCAGGAUAAUGUGGAAGUGGCACUGUUGGGUGGCGAGGGCUCGCCCAGACGUUAUGCGACGUCAGAACUCACCCAGUUCUGGGUGGUACUUAAACGAACACUGCUGUUCAGCAGACGAGAUUGGACUCUGAUGUACCUCCGUUUGUUCGCGCACAUCCUGGUCGGCUUCUUGAUUGGUGCACUGUACUACGACAUCGGUGACGACGGCUCCAAAGUACUCUCAAAUCUUGGUUUCCUGUUCUUCAAUAUGCUGUUCCUCAUGUAUACUUCUAUGACCAUCACUAUUCUUAGUUUUCCCCUUGAGAUGCCUGUGCUGGUGAAAGAACACUUCAAUCGAUGGUACUCGCUACGGUCUUACUAUCUCGCCAUCACUGUUUCGGAUAUACCAUUCCAGGCAAUAUUCUGUGUGAUCUACGUGGUGAUAGUAUACUUGCUGACGUCGCAGCCACCGGUUUGGUUCCGAUUCGCGAUGUUUCUGUCAUCCUGUCUGCUCAUCUCGUUCGUGGCGCAGAGUGUAGGACUUGUAGUCGGGGCUGCUAUGAAUGUUCAGAACGGCGUGUUCCUGGCUCCAGUAAUGUCAGUACCGUUCCUACUGUUCAGUGGAUUCUUUGUGUCAUUCAACGCGAUCCCGGUGUACCUGCGGUGGAUCACGUACCUGUCUUACAUCAGAUACGGGUUCGAGGGCACUGCUCUCGCCACGUACUCCUUCGAUAGACCCAAGCUUAAAUGUCAUCAGACUUACUGUCACUUCAAGAACCCUGAAACCACUUUGGAAGAGCUGGACAUGUUGAACGCUGAUUUCACGCUGGACAUCGCAGCUCUCUGUCUCAUCUUCCUCGUCCUACGUAUAUCUGCGUUCCUCUUCCUCCGCUGGAAACUCAAAUCUACCAGAUAAGCGAUAUUAAACCUACGUUACAUAUAUUUAGGGUAGCAAACCAAACGACAAGUUAUUUUAAGUUAGGGUUGUCACUUUGUCAUCACUUAUGUGAUAUCGACCUACUAAUGGUGCCGAAUGUUGAGUUUAUAAUGCAAUUUUAAAAGCGAUAGCUGUUUAUUUAUAUCGAAUUCAUGCCAAAGGGGUUCCUAUAGAAGGAAUUGGAAUAACAAAAACUAAUAUUUCUUUUAAAUAUUGUUAUUAUACCAGCUCUGGGUGUUAUGUGGUUGCUAACAGAUUAUAUAAUUAUGAGACAAAGUAACAAUAGUUAGUUAGUUAUGUUUACGCAGUUAUUGUGAUAAAGAUGUUAUAUAUACUGUAGAACAACGGGACUGUGCUUUUCGAAUAUUUUAUGACAAAGUAUAGGAUCCCACAAAUCAGAUAUUUAGAAGUCUAACAUGAAAAUAACGUCCUGUCCAUAUGUCCAUUUUCAUUGCAAAACAUACAUUAACUAGUUAUAACUAUCGUAGAAUGAUUGUAACAAGAAAGGAACGAUUACUGGGGUCAUUAAACUUUUGACAGAUAGAAGAAAAGAAAAAGAAAAAAAACUGACUUUGAGCCAUUAUGGUGAAUUUAGAGCUGACCCCAAAUAAGGACGUUGAAAAAUAGACAAGGUCUCUUUAAAAAACGACUGGCGUCUAGCUAAUAAAGACUUAAACACAUUGACACGAAAGACAUCUGUCAUUUUUCACGCACACAUACCAAAACCACUGACUCUUUUGUGCUUCAAUCACUUCUAA